AUGUCUACUAGCAACACACCAAAUGGAACUGAAGCUGUUGACAAAUUAGCUGAUGGAAUAGCUCAAGUCAAUACAGAGGAAGCAACAAAACACUCGGCUCUAGUCCAGCAAGACGACGAGUACGAGGUCGAAGUAGAACUCAAUGAUGCUUCUGCCGCUGGUGCUGCAAACCCACUCUAUGUCGGAGUAACCAGAUUCGAAGAUCUCCCACUACAUCCAAACCUGCUCAAAGGUGUAUACGCAAUGGGCUUCUCACGUCCUUCCAAAAUCCAAGAAAGGGCGCUCCCACUCUUACUCGCUACCCCUCCACGCAACAUGAUUGGUCAAUCACAAUCUGGCACUGGCAAAACAGCUGCUUUUGUAUUGACCAUGCUAUCACGUAUCGAUUACUCGGUAGAUAGGCCACAGGCAUUGUGUCUUGCCCCGUCUCGUGAAUUGGCUGCUCAGAUCAUGAGGGUCGUUACUGGGAUGGGUGAAUAUACUGGUGUAAAGACUGCUUUUGCUGUACGGGAUAUAGAUCGAAAUACGGCCAUCACUGCUCAAUUGAUUAUCGGCACUCCUGGAACUGUCAUGGAUUUGAUGAGGAAACGAAGUCUGGAUACGUCCAAAAUCAAUAUAUUUGUAUUGGAUGAAGCUGAUAAUAUGUUGGAUCAACAAGGAUUGGGAGAUCAAUCUCUUCGUAUUCGACAAGCCAUGCCACGCACAGCACAGAUAUUACUCUUCUCAGCUACAUUUACACCAGAAAUUCGAGAAUUCGCAACCAAAUUUGCUCCACAAGCCGAUAUCAUCUCUCUUAAACAGGAAGAGUUGUCGGUCGAUGGAAUCAAACAAUUCUACAUGGAUUGUAAAGACGAAAACCAUAAAAUCGAAGUGUUGCAGGCUAUAUAUGGAUUGAUGACUAUUGGACAGAGUAUCAUCUUUGUCAGAAGGCGAGAUACAGCAGAUCUUUUGUCAAAACGCAUGACAGAGGAAGGACAUACAGUCAUUCAUCUGCAUGGUGGUAUGUCUGCUGAAGAUCGAGACAAGGUCAUGGACGACUUUAGGAAGGGUCGUGCCAAAGUCCUGAUUUCUACCAAUGUCAUUGCUAGAGGUAUUGAUGUACUUCAAGUGACGUUGGUAGUGAACUUUGAUAUGCCAUUGGAUGGUCGCAACAAUCCCGACCCAGAAACGUACCUACAUAGGAUUGGAAGGACGGGACGAUUUGGCAGGACGGGAGUUGCCAUCAACUUUGUCCAUGACCAACGAUCCUACAAUGAAAUGCUGGCUAUCCAAAAUCACUUCAAACGUGAGAUUGUGCAUGUGCCAACAAACGAUUACAUGGAGGUUGAAAAAUUAUUGAAGAAGGCUAUUAAAUGA